AUGAUUUCCGUAUACGAAAUGGCAGCGAUCGUACGACCAGAUGUUUUCGUUCCGUCCACUUAUUACAGAACGCUGACGGGAUUAAAGAGAGGUCCGGACGAGUUACUGUCGUCUAUUCAUGGAACCAUCCUAGCGCCAGUUAUGACUGUCGAUUCGGAAGCGAAAAAGGCUAAGCUCGAUCCAACCGCUUUAUAUACACAGUAUAUCAGUCAGAUGAACGGUCUUACUACGGCACAGUUACUAGCUGGACAACCACUAGCACAGAUAGCCGCUCCCACCGCACAUUGUACAGCGACCUCAUCGAGCACCCCUCGUUCACGCGUUGUUCAUAUUCGAAAUAUACCUCCGGACAUGGUCGAUGUAGAGCUGAUUCAGCUGUGCGUCCCCUACGGUCCCCUAUCCAACUAUAUGAUGCUCAAGGGAAAGAGUCAGGCAUUCGUCGAGUACGAAGACGAGCACAGUGCCGUAGGCUUUGUUACGUCAAUGAAUGCAGUACCGAUUCAGAUUCGUGGUAGGACCAUUUUUGCGCAAUACAGUACGCAUCAAGAGUUACGAUUGGACAAGAACCGGUCGGCACAGGACACAGGUGCAGAUGGUCUUCCCAUUUCAAAUGGCAGUUCGAUCUCGACUCUGGAUAUUUCCGGAGGCACACAACAAGCACCGAAUAGUGUGUUACGGGUGAUCAUCGAGAAUAUGAUCUAUCCGGUAACGCUGGAUGUCCUGCAUACGCUCUUCUCUCGCUAUGGCAAAGUGCUGAGGAUCAUAACAUUCAACAAGAAUAACACGUUCCAAGCGCUUGUACAAAUCAGUGAAGCGAACGCCGCUCAACUCGCCAAACAGAACCUCGAGAACCAAAACGUCUACAACGGGUGCUGUACGUUGCGUAUUGACUACAGCAAAUUAAGUACACUCAAUGUGAAGUAUAACAACGACAAGAGUCGGGACUACACUAACCCAAACCUCCCAUCCGGAGAGAUCAGCCUCGAGCAGCAGCUCGGACUCGGAAUACCCGGACUGCAAUCGCUGCUGCCGACUGCUUCUCCGUAUUCAUUUGCGUUCGGUGCAAAUCCUGCCACCACGUUCAUACCUCCAACGUUAGGCGCAGAUGCAACCGCAUUGUCGCAGUACCUGCCCUCAUUGGGUGCGUUAGGCGGCACAGUCGGUGGUCUCACUCCCUCGUCGCUCACCUCACUUCGAUUCCCAGUAAACAUCCUCAGCAUCACAUCCGUCGUGCUUGUUUCAAAUUUAGAUGAAAAUAAAGUAUCGCCCGACGCUCUUUUCACGUUGUUCGGUGUAUACGGUGAUGUUGUACGUGUAAAGAUUCUUUACAACAAAAAGGAUAAUGCUUUAAUACAGUAUUCUGAGCCUCAACAAGCUCAAUUAGCCAUGCAACAUCUGGACAAAAUCCGUUGGCACGAUCGAGUCAUACGAGUUGCGCCAUCAAAACAUAACAAUGUUCAAUUGCCAAAAGAAGGUCAACCGGACGCGGGUCUCACGAGAGAUUACUCUCAUUCGCCUUUGCAUCGCUUUAAGAAACCGGGCAGCAAGAAUUACAUGAACAUCUACCCGCCCAGUUGCACCCUACAUCUCUCCAACAUUCCGCCAAACAUCUCCGAAGAGGCGUUGACCGAAGCGUUUGAGCAGAACGGGUUUCAAGUGAAGGCCUUCAAAUUUUUCCCCAAAGACCAUAAAAUGGCGCUGUGUCAGCUGGAGGACGUGGAAACGGCAAUCAACGCGCUCAUCGCCAUGCACAACCAUAAACUUGCCGAGAACGCUCAUCUUCGGUCGUCAGCAGGAAAUUUACAAACAAGGAAUUUGUCAUUCUCACAAGGAUACAUCAAAUGCUGUGAUACCCUACAUCUCUAUGUAUGUCUUUGUGUAAUUGCACCUACUUCUCGUCUGAAUGUCUGA